ACGAGCAACAGCUCGAGCCUGAGAAAAAAAAAAUGUCUGUUUUAAGGUUAUCGGUUCUGUCUCGCUUCACAAUGUCGUCGUCACUGUUGAUUGUUGUUGUUUCUUGGGCUGCGCUUGGAGUUAACGGCGAUGUCGCCGGAGAUGGGACGUCUCCGGCGCUUUUUCCGGCGAUGUUCGUGUUCGGAGACUCGUUGGUGGACAACGGCAACAAUAAUUACUUGAACUCCCUCGCGCGGUCCAAUUAUUUCCCUUACGGCAUCGAUUUCAACGGAGGCCCCACGGGGAGAUUCUCUAAUGGCAAAACCUUCGUCGAUUUCAUAGGGGAGUUGUUGGGUCUGCCUCCAAUACCGGCGUACAUGGAAACCCUAAACGGCGGAGCCAGCAUUCUCCGGGGAGUGAACUACGCCUCUGCCGCCGGAGGAAUCCUCGAAGAAACUGGCCGUCAUUUGGGAGAGAGAAUGAGCAUGGGGCGUCAAGUGAUGAACUUUGGGAGGACAUUAAUGGAGCUGAGGAGCACAAUGACAGAGGAAGAGGCAUUGAAUGAGUAUUUAGCAAAGUCAUUGGUCGUGGUGUCUUUAGGCAACAACGACUACAUCAACAAUUACCUGAAACCUUCCCUCUACCUCACCAGCUCCAUUUACGACCCCACUGCUUUCGCCGACAUCCUCCUCUCAAAUUUCACCAAUCAUCUCCUCGAGUUGAAAGGGAAGGGCUUUCGGAAGUUCGUGGUCGGAGCGGUGGGGCCGUUGGGGUGCAUACCGGAUCAGCUCGCCGCCGGUAAGGCUCCGCCGGGAGAAUGCGUAUCGGAGGUCAACGACAUGGCGGAGCUCUUCAAUCUCCGGCUGAGAUCCCUCGUGGAUCGCCUCAACAACGACGACGAGACCUCUCCCCGCCCCGUCUUCGUAUACGGCAACACAUACGGCGCCUUCGUCGACAUCCUCAGCCACCCUCUCGCAUACGGAUUCGAUGUGACGGACACAGGGUGUUGUGGCGUGGGGAGGAACAGGGGGGAGAUUACAUGUCUGCCGCUGGAGGUGCCAUGUGCAAUGAGAGAACGACACGUGUUCUGGGACGCAUUUCACCCGACAGAAGCCUUCAAUAUGAUCAUCGCCCUUAGAGCCUUCAACGGCUCACAGUCCGAUUGCUACCCUUUCAACCUCUCUCGCUUGUCUCUCCUCUGAAUUCUCAAUUCCAUAUUUACCACUCUC